GAGGGCGCUGUCUUCAAUUAAAAGAAAGUUUAAUCCAGUGCAUUAAAUAAGUACAUAAUUCAAGUGAAUUGAAAUCAAAGUGUGUUGGUGCAGCAGUGGGUGCAAAACGUGCUAGAAAAUCUCUUUAGUUUGCCUCUGCUUUGUGUCACAUUCACUCUCUGGCUUGCUGACUCUCUCUUUUACUCGCGCGUUCGUUGGCUGCCUUCCAGUGAGAGAGGCGCUCACUCUCCCUCUCUCUCAUCAUCGAUCCGUGCCUAUCUGCAAUAUUUUGACGUUCGCCUGGCUUUUGCUCCAUCAAAAUUUAGCAAAACGUUGGCGCUGUGUGCUGUCUCUGCGGCGCAACAAGUUUUCAAGUUUCUCGAGAAGGUCUCCGUCUCCCCACUAAAGCAAUAACAUCAGCAACAUCAACAGCGUUCAAAGUGUGGCAGAUCUCGUUCGGGUGUCCGCAAGUCCGUGUAUCCGUGUGCGCGAGUGCGAUUGAUUAACAACAUUUUAAUAUUAUAUAAAUUGAUUUUGGAGCCUCAAUUGUAUUGCUCUUGCGACACCAAUUAGUAACGGGGAAUAAGCGAGGCACUCAUCUGACCCACUGAGCUAGUGCAAGUGUGUGCGUGUGUGUGUGAGUUUAUGUUGUGAAAUCCCCGUAGAGUGAAUCACAAUAAAUAACUGUACCCAAAGGACAAAAGGAACAACAACUGUAACAAAAACUCUGUCUGAAUAUCCCGCGGAUGAUGUUUAUCGGCCCACGCAUUUUGCGGGCUACGUGAAUCGUGGCUACGAUGACAUAGACAGUUCCUAUUACUUUGCCCAGUUUGAGGCCAUGACGGAGGUGCGAAAUGGCGCGGCCCUGCCGCCGUAUGCCAAUGAUUCGGAUGCCGAUGCCUCAGGCAACGAGGAGAACCGCAACGAGGAGGAGGAGGAUGAUGAUGACGACCAGGAUGAGGAGGACGAUGAUCAAGAUCGCACGGACAAUGGCACCGUGGUGGAGCAUCAGAAUCGCUGCCUGCCCGAAUUUCAAUUCUCGCUGGUCGACUCGGAGUACGAUGAGACGCUGGCGUUUCCCGACUCUGUCACCAUUCUGUCGAAUGUCGGGGAUAAGCCGGUGCUGGUGCAGCGCAAGGAGACAACCGACGACGAUGACGAGGAGUACGAUGAUGAUGAGAACAACAGCGUCGUGAUGCGCCAGGAGAUACCCUUCACGAGCAUCUACGGGCCGAGUGUGAAGUUUAAUUCGUUUCAGCGAAAAGUCUUUAUACCCGGACGGGAGAUUCAUGUGCGAAUUGUGGACACGGAGCGCAGUGUGACGACACAUCUACUGAAUCCCAAUCUCUACACCAUUGAGCUCACCCAUGGACCCUUCAAGUGGACCAUCAAGCGGCGCUACAAGCACUUCAAUUCGCUGCAUCAGCAGCUGAGCUUCUUUCGCACCUCGCUGAACAUACCCUUCCCCAGCCGCAGUCACAAGGAGAAGCGCACAACUCUUAAGGCAACAGCCAGCCAGAUGGCCGAUGAGUCCACGCUGAAGGAUCUGCCGGCGCACACCAAGCAGGUGAAGCAGACGAGCACGCCGCAGAGUCAGCGCCAACCCAAUGGCCACCAGAAUGGACCCUUAACCAUUAUCAGUCCCAGUCACAGUUCCAUACUCUCGGGCCUCAAUCCGCGGCGCAUUCAAAAGAAGCGCAAAAAGAAGAAAAAGAAGAAGCUGCCGCGUUUCCCCAAUCGACCGGAGAGUCUGGUGACUGUGGAGAAUCUGGGCGUGAGGAUCAAGCAGCUGGAGGAUUAUUUGUACAAUCUGCUAAACAUUAGUUUGUAUCGCUCGCAUCACGAAACGCUCAACUUUGUGGAGGUCUCCAAUGUGUCAUUUGUGCCUGGCAUGGGCCUCAAGGGCAAGGAGGGCGUAAUACUCAAGCGCACGGGUUCGACGCGACCGGGCCAGGCGGGCUGUAACUUUUUUGGCUGCUUCCAGAAGAACUGCUGCGUGAGGUGCAACUACUUCUGCUCGGAUGUGGUCUGUGGCACGUGGCGCAAUCGCUGGUUCUUCGUAAAGGAAACGUGUUUCGGGUACAUACGCCCCACCGAUGGCAGCAUACGCGCUGUAAUCCUGUUCGAUCAGGGCUUUGAUGUGUCCACGGGCAUCUAUCAGACGGGCAUGAGGAAGGGUCUGCAGAUACUCACCAACAAUCGGCACAUUGUGCUCAAGUGCUGGACAAAGCGCAAGUGCAAGGAGUGGAUGCAGUAUCUGAAGCACACCUCCAACUCCUACGCACGCGACUUUACGCUGCCCAAUCCGCACAUGUCCUACGCCCCGAUGCGCGCCAAUACACAGGCCUCGUGGUACGUGGACGGUGCCCAGUACAUGUCCGCCGUUGCCGAUGGCCUCGAAGCGGCCAGCGAAGAGAUUUACAUUGCCGACUGGUGGCUCAGCCCCGAGAUUUACAUGAAGCGACCCGCGCUGGACGGGGAUUACUGGCGACUGGACAAGAUUCUGCUGCGCAAGGCCGAGCAGGGUGUGCGCGUGUUUGUGCUGCUCUACAAGGAGGUGGAAAUGGCGCUGGGCAUCAAUAGUUACUACAGCAAGUCCACGCUGGCCAAGCAUGAUAACAUCAAGGUCAUGCGGCAUCCGGAUCAUGCACGCGGUGGCAUUCUGCUGUGGGCGCAUCACGAGAAGAUUGUGGUAAUUGAUCAGACGUAUGCGUUCAUUGGUGGCAUUGAUCUGUGCUAUGGCCGCUGGGAUGAUCAUCAUCAUCGUCUCACAGAUCUGGGCAGCAUUUCCACGGCCUCGGUGUCGGGCAGCACGCGUCGCACGCCCAGCGGCUACUUCAACAAGGACGAUGUGGACUCGGCCUUUGGUUCGCGCAAGUCCUCAAGGAAUGCGCACUACGAGACACCGCCCAAAGCGGGCAGAGCUGCCACGCCGGAGACGCUAGAGGAGCCACAACCCGCGCCAGCUGGCAACAACCUGGAGCUGCGGGUACUCAAGCCAGGAGAUCGACUGUUAAUACCCGCCAUGUUGUCGCCAGGCGAGGAUCCCGAUGAGAACACCGCCCUGGAGGGAAUGAAGCUGAACACACCCGAAAUGGAGCGAAAGAACAUGCUCGAUCGGCUGAAGAACAACGCCAUGAAGGGUGCGCGCAUGGGCAAGGACUUUAUGCAUCGUUUGACAGCCAACGAGACGGCACUGGAUGGCAGCAAGGAGAACGAACUGGAGCCAGAGGCUGGCGGUGGUAUCUACAGCAUAGACACUGUGAAUGCCAGCAACAUGGAACCCGACAUGACCAUGGCUUCGUCCUCCGCCACAGCUAAUGCCACAGCCACGUUAACAGCCACAGGGACGGGGACCGCACCCGACAAUGCCAACUCCACGCAAAUACUCAGCGAAUUCUAUGGCCAGGCCAAGUAUUGGUUCGGCAAGGACUACUCAAACUUCAUACUCAAGGACUGGAUGAACCUCAACUCGCCGUUUGUGGACAUAAUCGAUCGCACGACGACACCGCGCAUGCCCUGGCACGAUGUCGGCAUGUGCGUGGUGGGUGCUUCGGCGCGGGAUGUGGCCCGUCACUUUAUACAGCGCUGGAACGCCAUGAAGCUGGAGAAGCUGCGCGACAACUCACGCUUUCCCUACCUCAUGCCCAAGAGCUAUCAUCAGAUACGCCUCAACUCGCAGCUGCAACAGCUGCAGCAGCGACGACAGCAGCGUGUCACGUGCCAGCUGCUGCGCAGCGUCUCCGCCUGGAGUUGUGGCUUCAUCGAGGCCGAUCUGGUGGAGCAGAGCAUACACGAUGCGUACAUCCAAACGAUCACCAAAGCGCAGCACUAUGUGUACAUUGAGAAUCAGUUCUUCAUUACCAUGCAGCUGGGCAUGGGCGUGCCGGGGGCCUACAACAAUGUGAGGAAUCAGAUUGGCGAGACACUCUUUAAGCGCAUUGUGCGAGCUCAUAAGGAACGCAAACCCUUUCGUGUUUAUGUGAUAAUGCCACUGCUACCUGGUUUCGAGGGCGAUGUGGGUGGCAGCACGGGCAUCGCAGUCAGGGCCAUUACCCACUGGAACUAUGCCUCCAUUUCCAGGGGACGCACUGCCAUACUGACGCGCCUGCAGGAGGCUGGCAUUUCGGAGCCGCACAAUUACAUCUCAUUCCACAGUCUACGCAAUCAUUCCUUCCUGAACAACACCCCGUGCUCAGAGCUGAUUUAUGUGCAUUCCAAGCUGCUCAUUGCCGACGAUCGUGUGGUCAUCUGUGGCUCUGCCAACAUCAACGAUCGCUCGAUGAUCGGCAAGCGCGACUCGGAGAUUGCGGCCAUCAUUAUGGACGAGGAGUUCGAGGAUGGCCGCAUGAAUGGCAAAAAGUAUCCGAGUGGCAUCUUUGCCGGUCGCUUGCGAAAGUAUCUCUUCAAGGAGCAUUUAGGACUGCUGGAGGGCGAGAGCGAGAGCUCGGCGCGCUCUGACCUAGACAUCAGUGAUCCCAUUUGCGACAAGUUCUGGCACGGCACUUGGCGACAGAUCUCCACGCGAAACACGGAGAUCUACGACGAGGUGUUCAAGUGCAUUCCCACGGACUUUGUCAAGACAUUCGCCAGUCUGCGCAAGUACCAGGAGGAGCCGCCGCUCUGCAAGACCGAUCCAGAGCAGGCCGCCAAUCGGGCCGAGGAAAUUCAGGGCUUUCUGGUCGACCUGCCAUUGGAGUUCCUCAACAAGGAGGUGCUCACACCGCCGGGCGCCAGCAAAGAGGGCGUUCUACCUACCUCUGUUUGGACAUAGUCCCUGCCAAAAGUCUCCAAGACGCCAACUAGUUCGUAGUCCCCCGUAGAUUAUACCCACUCCCCACCAAAAUGCGUUGUUUGCCAAGUCAUAAAUUGUUUUAACUUAGAUCUAGAUCUGGUAGAUCUACACUACCAUUAGAUUGUACGAUUUGCCCCUAGGAUACCUCGUAACUAAUUUAUUAUUUUAAACUGUUUGUCCUGGUACACUAGAGAUCCUAUUUGUUAUCUAUCUUCCUAUCCCCUUUUUUUUAUAAUGUUUAUACAGUAUUUUAGACAAUUUAAAGCGCUAGUGUUUUUUAUUAAAGUGAUAUAUGGAUUGAAA